CCACAGUAGCUGUUGGGCUGCUUACUAUCCCACUUCUCCAAGGAGGGGCAAAUGGUAGUAAUAUAUGAAGAGCGUAGUAGCUUGAGUGUCCUGAAUAUCAAUGGAUCUGGGACAGCCUUGGAUAUAACUGCUUUUUAUUCUAAUAAAGGGUAUGAAUAUUAAAAAUCAAUAAAUCGGAAAGAGACUUGCCAUGGAGACUGCCACUAUUUAUUCAAAAUAAGGAUAUAGAGAUGAGAAGCCAAUUAAAUGACAAGAGACACCAUAAGCAGCAUGAUAUGAAUAUAUUCCAUCCUUCCAAAGACCCAUUGAGUUAUUCAUUAAAAGCAUGGUGGUAAUGUGUGGAUGGUCUCCAUUUUUUCAUGGGCUAAUUCUCUUAAGCAAUGCAAGACAAUGAUUCAUACUUGUAUGUGGAAAGAUUUUAGGUUUUUUUUUGUGGCUGCCAUUAUUUAGUGAAGUGGCUGUAUCCAGAUGGUGUCAUGUGAAAGGGGUAAAAUGCUGGGGAGAAGCUGGGUGCUCAACUGGACAUGCAUAGACUGGAAGGAUGUUGAAAUGUGGGAAAAUUCAGUCCCUUUCUAGCAGUACUAUAAGUGCCUCCCCAUGCAGUAAGACAAAAUCACAAAGGAUAUCAUACUAAUGUAUAAUAUAAUGUGCUAGCAGGCAAUUGCAUAAUCUUGAGAACAAACUUGCAAGGUUCAUACAACACACCAAUGGAACUGAGUUGCACAGAUGUACCCCUCAAUCUCCCCAUCAUUCAUUCAAUCCUUUGAGGAUUAUGAACAUACCAGUACAUCCAUACUCCUGAAAGGUUUAAGCUUGCUCCUCAAAGGGUUAAGCCACUUCCCCAUCUCCCUAAAAGACACGUCAUAUUUGAAUGGCACUCUGCUAAUCUCAUCCUAUACUACACUGAUACCUAUUCUGAAUGGUAAGAUUUUUCCAUUAGCUUGAUGAAAUAAAAAACUAUUUUUUCACCAUACAUUAAAAUCCAUUUGUAACUUCUCUCAACACACAAAAACAGAAUAGGAACAAGGACACUGUGAAACCUUAAAGGGUCCCUAAGUGUCAUUUCUUCACUGAAACCAAGACUUUGUCGCUAUAAGAUAUAUUUUCCCUAGGUCUGUAAAAUUCAGGCAGUGUGCAAGAUCUCUCAGCUUCAGGUGAUUGCUGGAAGGCUCAUAGCCUAUCAUUAACCUGUCUCUUGGUAGCUGUGCUGGGACGUGAACCAUGAGUGAUGAAGUAGCACGUGGCUUUGCAGACUACGAUCCUUCUACUGCCCCCAGGACCCUUGCCCUCGUCACCUACCUUUUCUGUGGCUGGUUCAGCGACAGCUUCAUCAGUUCAUUCGUGUUCAUAGUGUUGCUCUUGAGUGCUGACUUCUGGACUGUAAAGAAUAUAACUGGAAGGUUAUUGGUGGGCCUGCGAUGGUGGAACUACAUCGAUGAUGAGGGGCUGUCUCACUGGGUGUUCGAAUCUCGAAAGGGCCACUCACAGGGCUUGGUGAACACCAAUGAAUCCAGUUUGUUUUGGCUUGGCCUCAUCAUCUGUCCUAUCCUCUGGGCUGUCUUCUUUCUUGUUGCACUCUUGAGCCUCAAGUUUAAGUGGCUGAUGAUUGUAUGCAUAGCUCUAGCUCUGAAUGGUGCCAAUCUAUAUGGAUACCUGAAGUGCAAGUAUGGGCAAAGUGCAAGCAUAUCAUCAUCAGUGAAGAGCAUGGCUCAGGGUUUCUUCCAGCGGCAGGUAUUCAAGAAUAUGAGUGAUAUGAUGAGUCGAGGAACCGGGCAGCAGGGGGCUGGUGCAGUACCAUCCUCUCAGACCACAAUGCAGAUAUAGAUUUAAGUAAUGUGAAUGGUUUCAAAUUCCUGCACAAUAAAUGUGCAAGCUAUUAUGAUCUUGUGAUCUUUGUGAUAUGGUGUGGUGUGUGGUUUCAAAACAAUGUAUGACGAAGGGUUCAUUCAAGAUUAAUUUAUUAUCCACAACAUAAUCCUGCUUCUCUCUCCUGCCAUUCUGAUGAGAUUUGUGCAACAGUGCUGCACCAUUCCUGUUGAAAUUAUAUUUCAGAUCUAUACAUCCCAAAUUAUCACUUCAGUUUCUUCUACUGUGACUUCAUGGUGAAUGAAGAGGAGCUUCACAUUAUUACAUCGAUGCUACUUUCUUUCAUGCAUUUGUGAUGAUGUUUCUGAGAGAGAGAACAAUCCCAUUAUUAGACCUAUCCUAUGAAACAUGAAAGUCUACUAUGAUGAUAGACCCAGGAAUCACAGUCAUCAACAAAUUACUAUCUGGUGAUGGGAUGUGAAGGAGCUUCCUAACACCAGCCAGGAGCCCAGGUUCCAUUCCUGCUGGGACACCCUGUUGGGUCAUCCAGUGGGUCAUCUGGUGGCACCAUGGUCUCAAGAUAUUUGAUGAGCUGCUUCAAUAUCCUCUUCACAAUACCUGGUUCCUUGUCAGACAAAUCCCAGUGCUCUGUUGGAUCAUCUAGGAGGAAAAGGAAGAAAAUACAGAUUCCUGGAUCCUGUAUUGGAUUGUCAACUAUUUUGCAGGGUCUGUCCCCCCCCCC